GGAGGCGCGCCGGUCGGUCGGUCGGUCGCUGGCUUCUCUCGCUCUUUCGCGGAUGACGGCGCGGCCAUGUCGCUCGUUUUCUACCUCCUCUCUGCGCUGGGCGGCUACCUCCUCACCUCGGCGCUGCUGCUGAAAUUCCCGGGCUUGCUCCACCGGCCCAAGCGCCACCGGUUCCGGUGCCGGCACAUCUCCCACCGCGGAGGUGCUGGAGAGAAUCUGGAAAACACCAUGACAGCGUUUCGUCACGCAGUCGAUGUGGGGACAGAUAUGCUGGAACUUGACUGCCAUUUGACUAAGGAUGAGCAAGUUGUGGUUUCGCACGACGAGAACCUGAAGCGGUCGACCGGGGUGGAUGUCAACAUAUCAGACCUCAAAUAUUCAGAACUCCCUCUGUACCUGUGCAAGCUGGAUGUAACUUUUCAGAAAGCAGCAACCAAAUUCUGCUUGUGUGCAUUGGAAUGCCAGUGUGAAGGUGAAGACAAACACAUCCCCCUCCUCCAGGAGGUGUUUGAGGCCUUUCCCCACACGCCUGUCAACAUAGACAUCAAGGUGAACAAUGAUCUGCUGAUUAAAAAGGUUUCUGAAUUGGUGAGCUGUUACAAACGAGAACGCUUGACAGUUUGGGGCAGUGUCAGCCACGAGGUUGUGGAGAAGUGUCACAAAGAGAACGCCCACAUCCCUAUCCUCUUCUGCUUGCGCCGGGUCCUUCUCCUCCUUGGUCUCUUCUACACGGGCCUCCUUCCCUUCUUUCCAAUCGUGGAGGACUUCUUGGAGAUCCCAAUGCCUUCCAUCAUUCUCAAGUUGAAAGAAUUAGAGAAGAUCUCAAAAAGCCAGCGAUUUACCAUAUGGCUCAUUGACGUAUUAUUAAUGAGGAAAGCAUUAUUUGACCACCUCACUGCCCGAGGAAUCCAGGUGUACAUCUGGGUGCUAAAUGAAGACCAGGAAUACAAGCGAGCAUUUGACCUGGGGGCCACCGGUGUGAUGACCGACUACCCCACCAAGUUGAAGGAGUUUCUCCGCACCUACCCGGCGUGAGGCGACGCAAGGCUGGUUCUUCGGAGGAGAGAAAGGAAGAGACCGAACUGAACCCAGGAGGUCCGCCCUUUGAUCUGAGUUUUUUCAGCAAAUGUCCACCAACCACAACACGACACUACAGCCUGGUUUCAAUUACCUCAUUCUUAAGUCAUUGCACCGUAGAGAUUGUCCGUAGCCGUACUGAUUUACGGUCCU